AUGUGUCGACCACAUGCAAUUUUUGAGAAAAGUUUCGCUGUCUAUUUGACUCCAUUAGUCAAGCGCGCGUUGCUGUAUUUACUAUUAAUUGAACGAAAGAAUAUCCUCCCUAUUUAUUGGAAAACAAUGACAACGGUAACACGACGUAAGCCUGUAUCGUCGUCAACGACAAACAGUGGCGGAACAUAUAAUGAUUUGGCUAGUAAUAGUAUUUCUCAAUCCAAUCAAAAUGAUCGGGAAAGUCGAGAUAGAGAUGAUGAAGGUGAAAAUGACGAUGAUAAAGAAACACGUCUAACACUUAUGGAAGAAGUACUUCUGCUUGGUUUGAAAGAUCGAGAAGGUUACACAUCGUUCUGGAAUGAUUGUAUUUCAUCAGGUUUACGGGGAUGUAUUUUAACGGAAUUAGGUUUUCGUGGACGUGUCGAACUCGAAAAAACUGGUGCACGUCGUAAAGCAAUAUCCAAUCGAAAAGUUAUGCUACUCGAUGAUACAGCUACAGGCGAUGUCCUACUCGAUGAAGCUCUACGACAUAUUAAAGAAACACAACCACAAGAAACAGUGCAAAGUUGGAUUGAAUAUCUCAGUGGCGAAUGCUGGAAUCCAUUGAAAUUAAAAUAUCAAUUACGAAAUGUUCGUGAACGUUUGGCAAAGAAUCUCGUCGAUAAAGGUAUUUGCAGUACAGAGAAACAAAAUUUCUUUCUGUUUGAUAUGACAACACAUCCGCUCAACGAUAAUGUACACAAAAUGAAAUUGAUAAAAAGACUCCAAGAUAGCGUCCUAUCACGCUGGCCGAAUGAUCCACGUCGUAUGGACAGACGAAUCCUAGCCUUAAUCUACUUGGCGCAUGCAAGUGAUGUCUUGGAAAAUGCUUUCACAUCUUUAUCUGAUGAAGAUUAUGAAGUUGCUAUGAAACAUGUACGUGAAUUACUUGAUCUUGACCCCGAUCAGGAAUCGAGCAAAUACGAUCCCAAAAUGGAAACAAUGUGGGCUGUUGUAUCAGCAUUUAACAAAUAG